AUGGCCCACAUUUUUGAUGAUGAUGGUACAGACGGAAUCCUGUUGGUUGACUGCAACAUCCAAAUUACUUUCCCUGAAAUGUCCAUAUCAUCAACACGUACAGAAGUUCCUCGAGAUUGUUCACCUGUGGAGGGGAAGAGAUCUUAUCCCAGGAAGGGACAACACAGGGUGACCCUCUAGCGCUAGGUGGUGUGCGAUCAACACAUCCAUCUUGAUUCAGGGCUUAAGAGCGCAUAUACCUGAAGUUAAGCAAGUACCGUAAAGUUCCGAUAGUAACGACCCCCCGAAAGUAGCGACCCCCCGAAAAUAACGUCAAUUUUUUGUGGCCACUAGUAAAUCCCGAAAGUAGCGACCCCCCCAAAAGUAGCCACCCCCGCCCCCCAGAAAGUAGGGAGACCAAUUUUUUUAUAUUGAAUACGGUAUACCUUUAAUUUGUCAAUCAAUAGUCAAAAUUUUAAUGUACAAUAAUGUGUUCGUGCAGUGUCACAAAAUGUUCACGAUAAGGUACUUUAAUUUACAACAGGGGGCAGCUUUAUGCCCCCAUUCGUCCUUGACAGCAGUUCACUGAUGUAGCGAUGUAAGAACUGCCGUAAACCGGCAUAAUUUCGUAUUAACAACAGGAACAUUUCUUCAAAUUGAAAUUGAACACUCUAUAUAGUUUUCGUCGAUUAACAUGAAUGUGUUUCUUCCAAUUAAAUGACACUGAGAUACCGGUACGGGGUACAGACUAAAACGCAGCGGUGCGUCAUGCAGGACAGUCGAAGCAGUUUAGCUUUCCACCUCUGAGUGAAUGAAGAACUCGAUCUCCUCUAUAUCGGCUGAUUCACCCAUGUGGUAGUCCGGUAAACCAUCGAUACCAUUGGAAAAAAGCUCGCGCCAGCUCUAUUUGUAAACGAGUUUUGUUCCCCGAAAGUAACGACCCCCCGAAAGUAGCGAGCCCCAAAGGCUGCUAAUUCCGAAAGUAACGAGGGUCGCUACUAUCGGAACUCUACGGUAUGGCUGGCUGAUGACUCGACGGAAGGUCGCCCAACAGACCUGUUAUACAACUGGUACAAGCUUUUUUGUCAAGAAGGAAAGAAAUGUGGCUACCUAGUCAAUGGCUCCAAAAGAUAGCUGAUAGUAAAGCCCGGGUAGUAAAGACACAAGAUCUAACAAAUGAGGCCGACUUGGUGUUUGGAGAGGGGGUCAGAAUAACAACGGAAGGUCAACGACACUUAGGAGCAGUCAUUGGAUCCCAGGAGUACAAAGGCCAAUAAUGUAUUGGAAAAGUUCAGGGAUGGAGGGAAAGCAUCAAGUUGCUGCAGGCUGAGAUCGUAAAGAGUCAACCCCAUACCGCCUACGCAAAGGGCUACAAAUCGAAGUUUGCAUAUUUUAUGCAUAAAAAUGGCUCAUUUAAAGACUAGGUGGAACCAACUGGCGAAGCGAUCAACGGUAUUUUCCUUCCAGCUCAUUUUGGUCAGACGGAACCGCUCCCUGAUGAGUUGGCAAGAACUAUUCUCAAGGGGGUCUGGGUAUACCAGACCUGAAAGCUGAAGCCUCACAGCAAUACGUUGCCUCAAAGUUAAUAACAGCAACGUGUAGCAGCUAGACUUUCUAAGGUCAAGACCGCAGGCCAGAGACAAGGGUGCAAGGGUGGCUCAACUCCGUUGCCCUUGAAGAGCAGGGACUGUGGUGUAAGAAGAAGGGUUUUGUUUCACAAAGACAUGAUGGCAAUCCAGAACCUUCUCACAUCUCUUCUCAGCAAAGUCUGCAAGGAUGUCGAGGUAGAGCCCCACCUCCUACUGAUGGACAUUGA